AAGUUUUAGCAAUAUCCUAUUCUCCAUAUCUAGAAUUCCCUAUUCUCUGAGAAAAGAUCCUACCCUGGUACUGUUUUGAGCUUCCUCAAUUUCAGUAUUACAUCAAUUGGUAUCAGAGCAUGGCAGAGAAUGAGUCACAGUGGCCGCCGCCUCCACCUGAUCCAAUGGCAAAAGUCAUUGAAAUGUUUCAACAACUCUCUGCUGAUCAAAAAACUAUUAGUGACAGGUUACUGCGACUUGAGAACCAAAGUGUUACUCCAAUACAAGGCAGCAAUGUACCAUUCGAGAGGGAGGACAGGUAUCAACUACAAUCUGCUGUGCAUCGUCAACAUAGGAGAAGUGCUGAAAGGGCACAACAAAGAACCCCUACAGCACCACCUACCUUUGAGGAGCAUGUAAGAUCUUAUUUCAAUGGUGAUCUUGAAGCACCCCGUCGACGUACUGAUGAUUCACAAAAAGUCAAGCUUGAAUUAAAGGAGUUCAACGGAAAGCAUGAUCCACAGGUAUUUUAUGAUUGGUUGGCUGCUUUAGAUGACUAUUUUGAUUGGUAUGAGUUGUCUGAGUCACGUAAGAUGAGACUAGCACGUACUAAGCUAGUUGGCUCAGCCCGCGAAUGGUGGAGAACUGAAGAAAGGGAUCUAGAAGAUCGUGGUAGAGCUCCCAUUACUUUGGAAGAGAUGAAAGAAGAUCUUAGUGCCAAAUACUUACCACGACACUUUAGAUCACAACUGCAGGACAAGCUGAAUACUCUUCGUCAAGGGAGUAUGUCCGUUGCAGAGUAUAUGGAGCAGUUUGAUUCACUCUAUUCACGCACUGGCAUCAGGGAGAAUGAAUUACAGGUACUUUCCCGCUUUCGUUUGGGUUUGAGAUCUGAUAUAAAUCGUGCUAUUGGCGUAGUAGAUGUAUCCAAUGUCAGGGAAUGCUUCGAGAAGGCAGUACAUGCAGAGGAGUUACUAGCUCCUACGGGUAGAAGGUUUGGAUAUCAAGCUAGAGAGAUCACAAAAAAUUUUUCAGCAAAAAAUCCUACUUCUUAUCCUCCACGUACCACACCUUCUCCACGUGCUGAUCACAAGGGGAAAGCACCUAUGCCUAGCACUGCCACAGUGCAAUGCUUUCAUUGUCAGGAGAGGGGACAUUAUGCCAAAAAUUGUCCUACACGUCACAAAGUAGCAGUGAUGGUUGACGCUGACGAUACUCCUGAUGAAGAUAAUUCCCAUAUCUUUCCAAUCCCAUUGGAAGAAGAAGACGAAAAUGUUGAUUAUUAUGAUGGGGCUGAAGCAAAUGAAGAUGACUCCUAUGGAAUUCAUGUGGUUUCUUGCAUAUUGGUGGCUGAAACCAAAGGCGAGGAUUGGCGACGUACAUGCAUAUUUUACAGCCGCAUGCGUUCAGCUGAUCGCACUGUACAGGUGAUAGUUGACAGUGGCAGCUGCGUUAAUGUUGUCUCUGAGUUGUUUGUGAAGAAAGCACAUUUGAAGGUAGAGAAACACCCGCAGCCUUACAAAGUAUCCCUACUGAAUGGCAACACUUUGGAGGUCAAUCAGCGAUGUUUUGUUCCAUUACAACUUUCUCGAUAUGAAGAAAAGGUAUGGUGUGAUGUUAUUCCUAUGAAGCUAACUGAUGUUCUUUUAGGGAGACCAUGGAUGUAUGAUAAUGAUGUUCUCACUGGUGGAAAGAAGAAUCAGUGCAUAUUUACCUUUAAAGGGCAGCGCACUAUACUUGAGCCUAUCAAUGUACCAGAGGAGAUGCGUAAGAGACAGACAUUGAGGACUAACCAAAAAGCCACCACCGAUACCAACAAGAUGCUAGUCCUUCCACAGAAGAAGAUCUUAGCUGUUCCACAAAAGCAGUUUGAGCGAACUAGCCAUGAUACAGGCAUGAUAUUAGCCCUGGUUACUAGAGAGGUCACUCCACCACCAACAGUUCAGCUCACACGGCCUAUUAGAGAGCUUCUAACAGACUUUUCUGAUUUAGUACCUGACGAGCUACCUAAUAAGCUCCCUCCCAUGCGCGAUAUUCAGCAUGCUAUUGACUUGGUACCUGGUUCUGUGCUUCCCAACCUUCCAGCUUACCGUCUCAGUCCUACAGAACACACUGAGCUCAAAAGGCAAGUUGAUGAACUACUAAAGAAGGGGUUUAUCAUUGAGAGCCUUAGUCCUUGUGCUGUACCAGCAUUACUUACUCCAAAAAAGGAUGGCUCAUGGCGUAUGUGUGUCGACAGCAGAGCAAUCAACAAAAUAACGGUUAAGUAUAGAUUUCCCAUACCACGACUUGAUGAUAUGCUAGACAUGUUGUCCGGUGCAAAGGCCUUUUCAAAAUUGGACCUUCGAAGCGGCUACCAUCAAAUUCGUAUUCGGCCAGGAGACGAAUGGAAGACCGCCUUCAAAACCAAGGAUGGACUGUUCGAGUGGAAGGUCAUGCCCUUUGGUCUGACGAAUGCACCUAGUACAUUCAUGCGAGUUAUGACACAGGUACUUCGUCCAUUUAUUGGUCGAUUUUUGGUUGUAUACUUUGAUGAUAUCUUAGUUUACAGCAAGCAUCCAGAUGAUCACAUCGACCAUUUGAAGCAAGUCUUGAGGGUGCUCCGUAUGGAGAAGCUAUACAUUAAUCUCAAGAAGUGUUCCUUUAUGCUGCCCAAGGUUGUAUUCCUUGGUUUUAUUGUCUCCUCCAAGGGGGUUGAAGCUGAUCCUGAGAAGAUCAAGAGCAUCACCAACUGGCCUACCCCGAAGACAAUCACUGAAGUCCGUAGCUUCCACGGUCUAGCCUCAUUUUACAGGAGAUUCAUUCGAAAUUUUAGUGCAGUCAUGGCACCUAUUACCGAAUGUAUGAAGCAGAGUAAAGGCAAGUUUGAGUGGACAACAGCGGCGACAAAAGCCCUCCAUCUUAUCAAGAAGAAGAUGACGGAGGCCCCGGUAUUACGCCUGCCAGAUUUUAAUCGUGUAUUUGAGGUGGCAACUGAUGCUUCGCAUAUUGGGUUGGGAGGUGUGCUGAUACAAGAAGGGCACCCUAUUGCUUUCUAUAGCGAGAAACUCAACGAUGCCAAGCGACGCUACUCGACUUACGAUUUGGAGCUCUAUGCUGUCAUCCAAGUGUUACGCCAUUGGAGACACUAUCUUAUUGGUAAGGAAUUUAUUCUUUACACCGAUCAUGAAGCACUCAAACAUCUCCAUUCUCAGAAGUCAAUCAGUCAGAAGCAUGCAAAGUGGGUUGCUUACCUACAAGAGUUCGUCUUUGCGAUGAAAUACAAGGCUGGUAAAGAGAACACGGUGACUGAUGCUUUAAGCCGAAAAGUUCUCACUAUCAAUACUUUUUCAGCACAUGCCAUUAGUAUUGAUCAGAUACGAGAUGAGUACGCGUCUGAUAAGGAUUUCAGAGUUCUAUAUGCAGAGUUACAGCAAGGUGAGCAACACCCUAAAUAUUCUGUCCACAAUGGUUAUUUGUUCUUCGGAACGCGAUUAUGCAUUCCAGACUCCUCCCUACGACAUCACAUCAUAAGGGAGUUACACGGAGGAGGUUUGGGAGGCCACUUCGGCAAGGACAAGACCAUCAUACAGGUGACUGAUCGUCGGGAGGAGCUGAUGCAGAUCUGA